AAACAAUCUGUUAUGAAGAUAUUAGCAUUUAAACUAAAACUAUAUAUAAAUUAUAAAAUGGAAUUUGUUAGAAUGGGUAUUAACUCCCAAAAGUAAUGUUGAAGAAUGAAACCAAUUAACUAACUAGGUCUACUUCGAGUACAAUAACAGGCAAAUAUAUAUUUCCAAAUACACUAGUACUUUUUGCUGAAAAAACUCAAUUGUUUUAUUACAAAUAAUAAUAAGCUAGAGAAUGGCAAGCUUGUCGAUAAAUAAACCUGAAAAAAUGGAAAUGUUGAGUAGUAUUCAAGAGGAGAUAAAUAAGGAUGAAACUGAUGUGAUAACUGAAGAAAUUUCGAAACGAAAUAACUUUCAAGAGACGGAUGAACAGAAACUAUCACAUUCUGUUGACGAAGAGAAAAAAAGAGCUCUGGAGAUAUGUGAGCUGGACAACAUGUCAUCGUCACCCACGAUGGGGAGUAGACAAUUAAGUAAAUCGACAUCGGAGUUGAGUAGUCCCAGAGAAGCACCGGAUUUUCGACCACAAUCCGCUGCACCUCCAGAAACUUCUCAUUUAUCAGUUUAUCAAAAAGCACACAGUUUUCUUGCACAAAUAAAAAGUCGAUUAGGACAUUCUAGUAAGCGCGAACGUCGACAUAAAUCUCCGGGUCGUCAAGAUAGUACUGACUACGCGGCCGAUCUCAGUAGUGAGCAUAGCACCCCAAGCACCCAAAGUCCAAGGCACCGGUUACAUAACAGAACAGACUCUCCUUUGAGCCGAACUGGAGGUGGUGGUGGCACCGGAGGGGGUGGUGGUGAUACAAGCUCCCCAAGCGGAUCCCCUAGGCCUAAGGCGCCAGCUCCAGGAGCAGUGUCAGGGCUUGAUCUUUUGCCUUCCACUACUAACGAUGACGUCUCCAGAAGGAGGGAGUUGGCAUUGCGGCAGCACUCCUUUUUUCAGUUGCGUAUCCAUUUAAGAAGAGGGCAAGGCCUAGCCGCCAUGGAUAAAAACGGCUUAAGCGAUCCAUAUGUAAAGUUCAAAUGUGGAGGAAGGUUAGUCUAUAAAUCGAGGACUAUCUAUCGAGAUUUGAAUCCUGUUUGGGAUGAAAGUUUCACAGUGCCUAUUGAAGAUCCUUUUGUACCUAUUGGUAUCAAGGUAUUCGAUUAUGAUUGGGGUAUUCAAGAUGAUUUCAUGGGCUCCGCCAUGUUGGAUCUCUCCAAUCUAGAUCUAUCGAGAACAACGGAUUUAUCUUUACCGUUACAAGAUCCAUCUAGACCUGAUGCUUCGUUAGGUGAAAUAUUUUUAUCUGUCACUUUGUAUCCUAAGACUCAAGAAGAUAAAGAACAGUACUUCCAAAAAACUAGUAGGACCCAAGACGUGAAUAAAAGAUUAAAAUCUCAAAUAUGGAGCUCCGUAGUUACGAUAGUAUUAGUUGAGGGGAAAAAUCUUUUACCAUGUGAUCCAGAAACAGCAACGUCGGACCCCUAUUGUAAAUUUAGGUUAGGAAACGAAAAGUACAAAAGUAGAGUAGUAUGGAGAUCGCUGAAUCCAAGAUGGUUAGAGCAACUGGAUCUUCAUUUAUACGACGAUGGAGAUCAACAACUAGAAAUUACAGUAUGGGAUAAAGAUCGUGCAAGAGAUGAUUUUAUAGGAAGAUGUGUAUUAGAUCUAACCACGUAUGAACGAGAAAAAACACAUAAUAUUUGGCAAGAGUUAGAAGACGGAGCAGGCUCCUUACAUCUUCUUCUGACUAUAAGCGGUACAACAGCUUCUGAAACUAUAUCCGAUCUAACAACCUACGAAGACAAUCCUCGAGAGAAACAAAUGAUACUUGACAGAUAUGCAUGGCAUAGAACAUUUCACAAUCUUAAAGAUGUUGGUCAUUUGACUGUUAGAGUAUUUAAAGCUCAAGGACUUGCUUCGGCAGAUCUUGGUGGUAAAAGUGAUCCUUUUUGCGUCUUAGAAUUAGGAAAUGCUCGUCUUCAAACGCAAACCGAAUACAAGACAUUGACACCAUCUUGGAAUAAAAUUUUCACGUUUAACGUUAAAGAUAUUAAUAACGUCUUAGAAAUUACUGUUUUUGAUGAAGAUAGAGAUCAUAAGGUAGAGUUUUUGGGGAAAAUCGCAAUUCCGUUGCUAAGAAUAAGAAACGGAGAGAAAAGGUGGUAUGCACUGAAGGAUAAGAAGUUGAGGACGAGAGCCAAAGGAAACGGACCGCAAAUUCUACUGGAAAUGACAAUUAUCUGGAAUCCUAUUAGAGCAUGUAUUAGAACGUUGAAUCCUAAAGAAGAAAAGUAUAUGCAAACUGAAAUAAAAUUCAAACGACAAGUUUUUGUUAAGAAUGUUCUGAGGCUCAAAGUUUUUAUCAUGUACUUCCUAGAAUUUGGUAAACUAUUUCAAAACUGUUUUGAAUGGGAAUCAAAAAUACAAAGUUUCUCCGCACUCCUAAUAUGGUUGAUUCUCUGUUACUACUUCCAACCUUGGAUGUUUCCAGUUUUGAUACUUUUGAUAUUUCUGAAGCAAUAUAUAGUGAGAUCAUUGGCGGGUCCACUUCAAGUUCCUUGGGAUGAAUCGCAGGAUUCAGAAGUGGACGAUGACGACGAGGAAGAUAAAGAAAAAGAAGAGAAGAAAAGUUUAAAAGAACGUCUACAGGCCAUUCAGGAAGUAACGCAAGGUGUUCAAAAUGCCAUUGGAAGAAUUGCUUCAUUACUGGAGGGUGUGAAAAAUAUGUUCAAUUUCACGAUUCCUUAUUUAUCCUGCAUAGCGAUAUUUCUUCUAAUCGUAGCGACCAUUGUAUUGUAUAUAAUGCCGAUUAGAUACCUUUUGAUGUUGUGGGGAUUAAAUAAAUUCUUCCGGAGAAUUUUACGACCCCAUUCAGUACCAAAUAAUGAACUUCUCGAUCUUUUGUCAAGAAUACCCGACGACGAGAUAUUGACUUACGUUAAAUUACUGGCCGCUGGUUUAUCGACGCACUUGGGCCGAUUGACAGUUAUUCGAUGGUAUUUGCAGUUGGACUAUAAGGACCUCAAGCUUUUGAUGAACAACGAUAGCGGAGAUAGGCGAAGAGAACCGAAAAAGAAGCAGAAAAACUCCUAGUGGUCGCUAAACAGUGUGAAAGACAGAUGGAAAGUGCGCUUUGAUAAAAUCCAUGAAAAGUCUGAUUAGCAUUUAUAUUAUUAGUUUCUAGCUAGUAGUUUUGUAAAUUGAUAGAAUGUGUAAAAUAUCUAUUAUACAAAUGAUGCAGGGGUUUCGAAUUCAAUUGAAUUAGAUAUCGAUUAGAUUAAAAUUCAUUUCAUAUUUGUUAUAAAUUAAUAUAAUUCAUACAUUAUUGACACACCUCUAGAACUACUGAUCAAAUAAACAAAAAAUCAAAAUAUGAAACACUAAAAUCACUUUUUCAUUACAUUAAAAUACUUUACAAUUACUCCUAUCUAUGAAUAAUUUUUAAUAUGUAGUAGUUUACUAUUCAUAUUUGCAUAGUUCUUUAUACAGUGUGUCUAUAUACAGAAUAGAAGUCAGUUGUUGAUGAUAUCUAUAGAAACAAACAUAUGUGGAUUGAGAAAUGAAAUUGGAUUGCAACUUCAAAGUUUAUUACCCCUUUAUAUAAUCUAUUUCUCACAACUACACCUUUCAGUUAUAGGAUUUUAUUAAAAUCCAGAAUCUGUACAAGCUUUCAAAAAUUUAAUAUUUGCUCCUCCAGGAUCUUUGUCUGGCUUAUAAAGACAAGCCCAGGGCCGGAUUAAGAUUUAUAAGGCCCGGGGCUAAAAUAAUGACGGGGCCCCCUUAAGGAAUUCGAAAACCCGGAAAAAUUCACAAAAUAAUAUCAAUACGUUAGAUUUGUGGUAUCAACACAUCAAAAAAUACAGAAUUAUUUCCAAAUGAUGGGGCCCUCUUGGACCUGGGGCCCGGGGCUAUAGCCGCCCCCCCAAGCCCGUAGCUUAAUCCGGCCCUGGACAAGCCAAUUUGUGAUUAGACAUUUGCAGUUUCUUCCUUUUUGACACGGAAACUACACUCGUCAAUUUCUGCAAGAACUAAUCUCCGCAGAUGCUACCUGAAGCAGUAGUACCGUGUGAGAAGGUGUAUCAAGGUUUUAUUGAUAUUCAAAUACCUACUUUUUGGAUCCAGUUUCAAAUUCUUCUACGGUUAGAUUAAAAAUUAUUUUUCCUCUUUUCUUCGGCGUUUUCAAGCUAGCUCUGAGUCGAUAGCAUAAUAGCUCAGUACUUUUGACUGACCAUCAUAAUUGAUUGAUAUCAUAUUUAUUUCUAAAUAUCUUUAGUGAGAUGCUUGAUAAAUAACCUAGCAAUGAUGAAUCUUUAGUAGCAAUCUCAAAUACUGUAGCACAAUUCCUUGUGGUGAUUUGUAAACCCCCUGUGUGAUAAGUUUAUACUAUUUAUUUUGGAAAUUCAUGUGAAGGAUUCCUUUUCCUAUUCCUCGUUUUACACUGAUCAUCUUGGUAAAUUGGUUUUUAUUGAUAAAUAUAUUGGACUUAUUGUUCUAGAAUCAGGUAUUAAAAUUGGGACGUUCCAUACAUAAAACUCACUUUGUAUAAUUAAUUUCAUGGGCCUAAGUUAGUGAAUAUCCACUUGUCUUGUAACUUGUAUUCUAACUUACAAUUAGACUAUCUAUCUACUAGAUGUAUUAUACUUCUCUACAUGCUAUUAUGAGCUAUUAAAGACGCCAAUGUUGACAAAAAUGUCAAUCGACUCACGUUUUACAAAGGGCAAAUUAUUAUUUUUUGACAUAAAUCCCAAGAGAUCAAUCAUUAGUCCCUUGGAGCUCUAUUAAAAAAGGGGAAUAUUGAAAAUGAAAAAUGCGUACUACAGUCACAAUAUUGGCUUUUUCAAAAAAAUCGGUGGGCUUUUGGUUCACUGAAAUCUCUACUUUCUCAUGGUGUAAAAAAUAUAAAUUACUGCUUCUAAAUGUUCUUGAUUUUAGGUUCCUUCUGUUUUAAAAUUAGUUUUUUUAAUAGUUUUUGAAAGACAGAUGAAAUUUCACGUUUCGAAUUUUGUUUAAGUGUUUAUCAAAAUAUUCUUAUUUUAUUUUGAAUUUCGUUGUUUAGAUGAUUGGUGUUGCAUUCAAUAUUACAUAAGAUAUUUGUCACAGGUAAUUCUUUGUUACUAGAAAUAUUUUGCGCAAAAUUGGGACCUAAAGAUAAAAAUUCUUUCACUUCAUCUGGUAUGACAGUAUCAGUUGAAUUUUGAUUUUAUUUCAUUUGUAUUUUUAGCAAUAGGUUGUUUUAAUAUUAGGUUAUCAAUUUCCUUAAUAUUUUUCUUUUUCCAUUUAUUAAAAAGUGAUUCAGUUCUUUCUCGAUAUUUUUCUUCAAAUUUCAGUAAAAUUUUAACAGGAAUUACCUCAAUUAUUUUAAUUGUCAUGUUUUUUAAGUCAUUUUCUAAUUUUCGUAUUAGAUAGUUGUAUGAUUUGGAAAAUAAACUUAGAUAAAACGUGGUUUUUAUAUUCAUGCUGCAGGCGACUAUUUGUAAAUUUUAUAUGGUAUAAUUUUAAAUUUAGAAAUGUAAGUAUUGACUUAUCUUUUUUGCAUCUGAGUAGAAAAAUUCUUCGGUUUUUCUGUUUUGCAAUUUUGUGGAGGAUAUUUUCGUAAUUUUUCAUAUUCUGUUUGGCUUCAGUUCCAUAUGUAAGUUCAAUGUUAUGAUUGGUAGGCGUUAUUUCAUCAAAAUAUUUUGAUAAAGACUUCAAAAAAUGUCGAACCGUCAAAUUUCAUCUUUUAUUCAAAAAUUAUUAAAAAAACUAAUUUUAAAACAGAAGAGACCUGAAAUUAAGAUAUUAAAGAAUUAUAAAUUACUAAAAUGAGUUUUCUCAAAAAAUGUGAUUCUCGAAACUGAACAUUUUUUUCAAUCGUAUCUAAAAUUUUUAUCUAUUUAUUGAAAUUUUACACUUUUACACUAUCAAUGGAAAAACUCAAAAUUUCAUGUUAUAUUCAUAAAAAUAAGUAAUUACAGUGUAAAAUUUUAAUAAAUAGCUAGAAAUUCUAUAUAAUGAUUUGAAAAAAUUUCUCUGAUUCGAAUUUUUCUCAUUUCUCUUUGGAUAUUCUGAAAAAAAUUACAAUGUAUAUUUUUUACACCACCAUAAAUUAGAGAUCUCUACGAACAAAAAGCCCAAAAAAUUUGUUUAAAAAGCUGAUACGAGAGAAUGUUCAUUUGAAAAUAAAAAUAAAGUAAAAAUGAGUAUUUUGAAAGAAAAAACAGUGUUAGGAAGCCAAAGGUAAGUUUUCUUCAGUGAAUAUCGUAUAAAAUUUUUUCAAAUGAUUAAAAUAAGUUAUUAGAAAAUUUCAGAUAAAUAUUGAGGGUGUGUAAAAAAACUUUGAAUACGUUGUAGAGUAUGUUAUUACUUACAUUUUUGUAACUUUUUUUCAUAGUUUUACCUCAUAUCAAGUUAAAUCGUUUUUUACCCUUAAAAAUUCAUCCCCUUCCACUUCCACUUCCAUACAUCAUUUAUUUUUCAUUUUCGCCAAUAGAUUUCAUUCUAAUACUAUUUUCUUGUUCGUUUCAAAAAUUAUCAACCCUGGUCUAAUUCGUAUAGAUAUAAGGGUAUAUGGAAAAAUAUGCUUAGAUAUAGGAAUUCAAAUAUAUUUGAUUAGUGUGUCGUUGAAUUUAUACAUUUUUUAUUAAUUAAUUAAAACUAUGGAAUUGUGAUAUAUAAUGUCAUUUUCUAAUUUUUAGAUAGUUAUACGAUACUGUGAAAUAUUUUAUCUAAUUUCCUUUUCAAAACCGUUUUAGGAGUCUUUUUUACCAAUUAAAACUGUUAUUGUAUUCGUAAUCCAAAAUUUGCACUUAUUUUUGAUGGCACAAUUGUUUAAUCAAUGUUUUUAUAUUAUUAUAUAUGAAUUAAAAUAGCUUUACAUUCUGUCGCAUUUUGAAUGUCAUCAUGUAGCUUAUCCUUGUAGAUAAAUAAUAUGUUGCAUUCAAUAUUUUUCCUAAAGUAAUUCUCUCCACUCAGCUCUCUAAAUUUGUUAUAUUGUAAAUCAAAUGUUUCCUAAAGUUAACUGAAAGAAGUUAAUAGUUUUGUGAUGCUAAAUUUGUAGGUGUUUUUCUUUUGUUUCCAUUUUUUUAAUACUUUCCUCUCUACAUGAACUGGAUAAACUAUUAUCAAAACAUAAUUUUUAUUGUUAACACGUUAACUGCCGUAUGUAUCAAAACAUGUUGCGUACAGUACCUCACCCGCGUAUGUAAACAUUAAAUCGUUUAAAAACGGCAGUCAACGUGUUAAUUAUUCCUUGAGUAUUUUAUAUUGAAUUGGAUAAGAUUUUAUGAAAUAGUUGAAAAAUACAUAUAUGGAGAGAACUUUCGUUCUAUUUAAAUUUAUUGUCUAUUUGUAAGUUGAUGUGUAUUAAGCUUAUUUAUAUUUUUAAUAAAAAAUCAAACGCUACCAGUUAUCUAUUAAUAAGUACAAUAUUUUACAUUUUAUCGAUGUUUUAUAUGAAUAAAAUACGUGAAUAUUGA